UGGCUUUUUGGGAAGGCACCUGUGUCCCUCUCUGCCUCCUUUUCUUUGGCUUUGCUGUCCUCCUCCUCCUCCUCAGUGCAACAACUACCCCCCCCCCCCCCCCCGCAACACACACAAAGGACAGCACAAGUUUGUUCAUCACUACACAUGGACAGAGGAGCUACUUUCAAUUAGAAUUGCGGAAAUACCAGCGCAAAAACACGGAAACCAAACACGGUAUGGACGGCAACGGAGAUGUCCAGUUCCUCCUGCAAGGGGGAGAGCUGCUCAAGGUCCGCUCCUCGUCCUGGAAGAAAAGCCGGUAUUUCAAACUCCAAGAGGACUGCAAGACAAUGUGGCGGGAGUCCAAAAGAAUCUUCAGGAGGCAUCGGAUAUUUUCCGUUGAUGACAUCUCUGUGGUGCGACUGGGUCGUCAGACAGAGGGGUUGAAAAAGUACACGGAACAGGAGAUGGAGAAUUGCUGUUUCUCCAUCAUCUUCAAGGAGCACCGCAAAAACUUAGACCUCAUCGCCAGCUCUGAGGACGAGGCCAAGCAGUGGGCUGGAAGCCUUCAGAAACUGAUAGCCAGCAGAAACGACCUCAACCAGCAGCAAAAGACAGAACACUGGAUAUUCAGCUGCCUGAGCAAAGCAGACAAGAACAAAGAUAGCAAGCUGAGUGUGUCGGAGGUUAAGAACUUCCUGCACCUCAUCAACACUGACGUGGAUGACAGCUACGCAGAGAUGCUCUUCGAGAAAUGUGACAAAUCAAAGACUGGAUACCUGUCCGGGCAGGAGAUCAAACAUUUCUAUGACCUGCUCACCUACCGGGAAGAAAUCGACGUGAUCUACAGGGAGUAUGCCCGGUCUGCAGGUGUCAUGAGUCCCGAGAACCUGGAGGAAUUCCUGCAGAAGGAACAAAGAGAGACGAUAACACUCGCGGAUGCACACAAGAUUAUUGAGAAGUUUGAACCGGAUGAAAAAGCCAAAGAGAAGAGGGUGUUGACUAAAGAUGGCUUCCUCAUAUACCUGCACCAUCCUGAUGCCUUGAUCCUCAAUCCAGAGCACAAGGGGGUGUACCAGGACAUGAGCCAGCCUCUCAACCACUAUUUUAUCUCCUCCUCGCACAACACCUACCUCAUGGAGGAUCAACUCAAAGGACCCAGUAGCACAGAGGCCUAUGUCAGGGCUCUGCUGAAGGGCUGUCGCUGUGUGGAGCUGGACUGCUGGGACGGAUCAGAUGAUGAGCCGGACAUCUACCACGGCUACACGCUAACCUCCAAGAUCCUCUUUAAAGACGCCAUUAAAGCCAUCAAGGAGUAUGCUUUUAAGACAUCCCAAUACCCAGUGAUCCUCUCCCUGGAGAACCACUGCUGUGUGGAGCAGCAGGAAGUCAUGGCCCAGCACUUGAGAUCCAUCUUGGGCAGCGCGCUGGUCACCUCUCCCCUCGGGGAUGGCAUGCCCACAAACUUCCCGUCCCCUGAGGAGCUGAAAGGGAAGUUCCUCAUCAAAGCCAAGAGGUUAAACAAACUAGAGGCCACUUUUGCUCCUGAGGUGGCAGAUGUCGAUGACUCUGAAGUAACCGAAGAAGAAGAAUCAAACGAUGAGGAUGAACCGGAGGACCAAAAUAAAAAAAAGAAACUGAAGCUAUCGAAAGAGCUGUCCAACAUUGUGAUCUACUGUAAGAGCGUCCACUUCAACGGCUUCGAGGAUGCCAGGAAAAACCUGAGCUUCUACGAGAUGUCGUCUUUUAAAGAAAAAAAGGCUGUUGAGCUCGCAGAAGAGUCGGCAAAUGCAUACAUCAGUCAUAAUGUGGACAAGCUGAGCCGCAUCUACCCAGCUGGCUCCAGGACCGACUCCUCCAACUACAACCCCGUGCCUCUGUGGAAUGCUGGCUGCCAAAUUGUGGCCCUGAACCUUCAGACAAGCUGCGAAGAUGUGGAUUUAAACCAAGGCAAAUUCCUUGUGAACGGGAAGAGCGGCUACAUCCUGAAACCGGCCUUCAUGAGGAACAGAGUCACAGAGUUCGACCCUAUAACCCUGACCCGAGGAGAGUGGCUGAAGCACAAGACACUCCAUAUCAUGGUUAUAUCAGCUCAGCAGCUCCCUAAAGUCAACAAGAAGGAAUCCUCCAUAGUAGACCCGCUGGUUAAGGUGGAGGUGUACGGAGUGCCGGCUGACAUAUCUGUCAAAGAGACCCGCGCUGUUGAUAACAAUGGUUUCAACCCAGAAUGGAACGAAAACUUCCAGUUUGAUGUGUAUGUACCGGAACUCGCCUUGGUGCGCUUCCUCAUCCAGGACCAUGAUUCUACAUCCGGUAACGAGUUUGUGGCGCAGUACACACUUCCCCUCAACAGUUUAAAGAUGGGAUACAGACACGUGCCUCUGCUCGAUAAAACUGGUCACAUUGUCCCUGCAGCUGCACUCUUUGUCCACAUCAUGGUCCUCGAUGCUGAAUAAGACUCUGUCGUCGGGCGUGUUCCUGGAUCUCCCUUACACAGCCAUGACCUAGCUAUGUUAUUCCAUUUUUUUAAAAAUCAUAUUCCUUUGUAGAUCAACUUAUUAUUCCAGUUGAUUGAGAAGAUAAAUGUCACAGCAUCUCCUGUAAGUUAGACAUACUUUUAGGAGCUGCGAGCCUUCAUGGAAAUACUGUGCAUGAUGAAACUUUUUGGAGGGACUUUUUUUUUUUUUUUUUGGGCUCUAGUAGUGCUACACUAGGUUCACAAACCAUUGUUCUAGCAAUUCAUGCUACACCAGACAAUACAAAACAAUACUGUAUGAAUACAUUCAGUCAUGUAUGAUUCAUUUUUCCUGUAUUGUGACCUUUUUUUAAGAACAGGUUUUCAACCAAAAUACAUCUCUACCUGAAGUGUUUAUUCACUUUGUUGCAAGCGCAUUAAAAUGGUCACGUUACAUGGACAACCAAUCACGUCUUCGGGAAGUUUAGUCUUCAUGUUACCUCGUAUUUUUUGGGGGAAGCUGGGGCACCCAAUCAACACGCGGUGGUAAAACAGUUGCUGAACUGAAAUGCCGUGAAAUUAAUUGAAUUGGGGAAUUUGAGGAGUGGAAUGGUUUGAAUUGGUCAAAAUAUUCAACUGUGAAUUUUGCAAAAGUGAAAUAUAGUUCCCAAAAGGUCCUGAAUGAGCUGAACAACUUGAAGUUGGAAUGCUUUGAAUCAGCUGAAUAAUUUGUGAAAUAUGGUCGGAUGAUUUGGAACAUGUCUCCAUUUAGUUGACUUUCUAAUGGCAAAUGUGGCAUUGGAGAAAAGGUAGGAAUUGGGGAAUCUAGAAAAUAGUUACCAAGGUGUCCUAGCUGAAUUUAAUAGUGUUUUGAAGUUGUAACGCUACUCUUAAGUAUUCACGCACUUAACAGAGAUGACAUUUUCAACCUUCCCUCAGAUAAAGUGGAUAUGCUGCUCACAAGUGGUCAAUUAGCGUUCAGUACACUAUAAGGGGAAAUUAAUAAAUCUUUAUGCAAUUGCAAGCAAACCGCAAUUAAAACGCCUUUUACACAUUUGCAUCUUUUCAUCUCCUACUGAUGCUCAACAUUCAGACGUGGGAAAAACAUGUUUCAAUGAAGCAUUUUAUUAUGGAAAGAAAACAAAAUGCUCAGGUUGACUGACAAUACACACUCUUACCCAACAAGAACUGAAGUGUUUAAACAAAGUGCGAAUUCAACCAUCCCUGUAAAACUACACCGACCAAAGAACGUAAGCACAGUGAAAUCAAGUGUUUUCAGAACUUUGGUGUUAAACUCAAACCAAUUGCUGAUGAAUAUUUUUUUAAGUGAGGUUGAUGCCCAAAAGAAAACUAGUAAGCACACACAACACACGUCCCCUGAAUAGGAAAGAAAAGACCUGACUGAGAAGUCUCACCACAGGCAAGAAAGAUCAAAUAAGGUUGAGGCAGAGUUGGGGGCGGUUGAGGGGAUUACGAAUACGAUGCAACUUGUUCAACCGAAUACUGGCAAUAAAAGGUAGAAAAAUAUCACAAUUAUACAAACAUUUUUCAGAGCAAGAAAAUCGUCCGCAGGUUGAGAAUAGUCUUAUAAAAAGGACAUUGCACUGAAACCAUCCUGAACCAAACACUCACUGCCGUCACAAACAAGUCAAAUGCUGUUGCGAAAGAGAAAAUGAAUGGAGGAACAGCAGUAGCCUGUUACCUUAAAAAUUUAUGUGGGACGUUUUGAUGUCCUGACACAGUCAGCCAUCUUAAGGUGUGGAAGGCCGAAUACUGUAGCAAUUAAAGACAAUUUUUGCUUGGCUGCUGUUGCAACAACAGCACAAAUCCUUUGUCAUAAUGUGGGAACUUUCUCCCCCCCCUCCCCCUUUCUAAUAAAAGGUAUAACCUCACAGUUAUAUGAAAACUUGUUCAUGAUACCUGAACAGCACUGUGAGAAUUGCAUGGGUCAGCCCAACCAAACUUGUACAGGGUGUUAUGAAGGCAAUUUGGGAUGACCAGAUAUAUACACGCCAAAUAUGCUCCCUCCCAAAAAAAAAAAAAGUUAUUGCCAUGGUAGCAAAUGUUGCGGCAUUCAGUUUGCGUGGCUCCUCUCAAACAGGCACUGAGGUGAAGAGCAGUUCAAAAGAGUCUCUGAAGGUAAACGCCA